CUCCCUUCAUUGCACACAACAUUGAUGUGAGUGUACAACGACAUGUUUUACCCCUAAUUUUUAUCUGAUUUGGGAUUUGGAAUUAACAGCACGAAAAAGACGUGGUCUGUGUCGAAAACGUCCAAAAAGAUCUGCUCAAUCUUUUCAGUAAGACGGAGCGACACAGUCUAUAUAAUGAGGGCAGGAGGUGAAGUGAAUUCACGGAGCUGCCACACUUGGUUAUAACAAUGCUGUUUCUCUUUGGGAUUUUCUUCAUCCUUACGUUCUCCUCUUCCAUAGAUGCAACCACCACAGUAGUGGUGGGAGCAGGGAUGUCAGGAAUAAUGGCAGCCAAAACGUUGUCGGAGAAGGGAGUGAAGGAUUUUGUAAUUCUUGAAGCAACGAAUAGAAUUGGGGGGAGAAUGUACAAAGAGUCGAUUGCAGGGUAUACUGUAGAGAAAGGGGCUAACUGGGUGGAAGGUGUGGGAGGCCCCAAAAUGAAUCCCAUUUGGCCUCUCGCCAAUAAGUACAAAAUGCGUUCUUUUCUUUCCGAUUGGAACAAUCUCAGUUACAACAUCUAUGGCCAGGAGGGAGGUAUUCUGCCUCAGUCUGUCGUGGCGCGCCCUUACAAGCUGGCCUCAUUAUCAUCUGAUUUCAGUUCAAAUCUGUCCACAUUGCUGCAAAAGAGCGGAGGGGAAGACAUUUCUAUUUUGGCUUCACAGAGGACAUUCGGACAUGUUCCCAUAACGCCGUUGGAGAUGGCUAUCGAUUUCUUCAUGUACGACUUCGAAAUUGCAGAGCCUCCGAGAGUGACAAGCUUGAAGAACGUGGAACCCAAUCCUACGUUCGAGGAAUUUGGGGAAAAUGAGUAUUUUAUAGCAGACAGUCGAGGUUACGAAUUCAUUGUUCAUAAGAUAGCCCAGGAAUUUCUCCACUCUGCUAACGGAUCCAUUUCAGACCCACGUCUGAAGCUCAACAAGGUUGUUAGAGAAAUCGAAUACACAGAAAAGGGUGUGAAGGUUUCAACAGAGGACGGUUCAGUUUAUACGGCAAAGAACGCCAUUGUAUCAGUCAGUGUGGGAGUUCUUCAAACAAAACUCAUCGACUUUAAACCUGACUUGCCUCUAUGGAAACUCAUGGCAAUAUAUAAGUGGGAUAUGGUGAUUUACUGCAAGAUCUUCAUGAAGUUCCCCUUCAAAUUCUGGCCCACAGGACCCGGCACUGAGUUCUUCAUGUAUGCUCACGAGAAACGAGGCUACUACAAUUUUUGGCAGCAUUUGGAAAAUGAGUAUCCAGGAGGAAAUCUACUGAUGGUGACGGUUACAGACGAUGAAUCCCGGAGGAUAGAACAGCAGCCUGAUCACGAAACCAAAGCCGAAAUAAUGUCAGUUCUGAGAAAGAUGUUUGGCUAUCAUAUUCCUGAAAUGGAAGAGAUUUUGAUUCCCAGAUGGGGUCAAGAUCGCUUCUAUAAGGGAACUUACUCCAACUGGCCCAUAGGCGUGUCCGUACAUGACUUUGAGAGCUUACAGGCACCAGUUGGGCCAGUAUAUUUCACUGGAGAGCAUACCAGUCAGGAAUAUAAUGGUUAUGUCCAUGGUGCCUAUCUUGCAGGCAUAGACACGGCUAAUCAGUUGCUGGAUUGCAUUAAGAAGGGACAUUGUGCUACCAAAUCUCAUCAGCAAAAUGAAACCUGUAACGCAGACAUUCAGAGGGAGAUGGAGAUGGAAAGGACAGCAUGGAUGGGCAAAGUGCAAGUUCUGGAAAACGCACUCUCGCAGAAAUGCAAACCAUGACUUGUAUGCAAUGAAAUGAUAUUAUUUAUGGACUAAUCAAACCAAGCUGCAAUGUUACAGUCUUGGGGUCAAAUUACAGCCCGAGUUUAAAUUGAGCAUUUUUUAAUGUUCAAAUGUUUAAAAUUUCAAAAACUAUGUGAAGUACCUGGGUGUAGUUUUUAAAAUUUAUAGUAUGCUUUCUAAUGAGAGAUUUUCUAAA